AUGCCCUCAAUCCCGAUUAACUGGACCUGCCCAUCCCUACCAACACCUGGAAUGCCGCCAACGGCUAUACAGCAUAGACCCUCAACAACUACGCCCAGCUCCAAUGUCGUAGUUUCGAGCAUGAGUGUGCCGGUCACCCCAUUGCAGCAUCCCAACACCAUCCCAUCUGGCUCGCCACAGAGCCUCCCAAGUUCCGAAGAACUAUCGCACCUGUGUCGAUUCUUCGUGAUGAAUCUCAUAGCCCAUGUGCCAGUCGUCGCUGAGACAGAUGUCAGGGACUUUGCAGAAAUGGAAAAAAUGCACAAACAACCACUGGCAUACAGCAUGGCAUAUGUUGCAGCGCGGUUCGUUCCAGGCUGUCGAUCAAUGCGGGCUAUGCUCGUUCCGGAGAUCCUCUCCAUCGUGAAGACUCGAUUCGAUCACUUAACUGGCCACAGUGAAGAGCAAUGGACGCUCUUGCAGGCUUUUGCAGUCCUAUCCACCUGGGCUCCCCGGGAUAACGUCGAGCUGGACACGAACAAUGCCGAGCACGAAAUCUACCUGAGCCGAGAUGCUCUGCGUGCGUCGAUGGCAACUCUCUCGAGACGCUGGUCCCUGCACAGAGCUGGAGAGGAGGUGACCAAAAUGCAGAAUCAGAAGCAAGAUGCCAAUCACAUUCGGCAAAGCUUUGGUUUCCGGAAGUACUGCUACUGGCUCUGGUUGUUUGCCUCAUCUCACUUUCACUCCAUGUUGACACGAACCCCUCCAACAGUGAAAGAGGAUGCGACAAUCAGAAGGGCAGGUCAAAUUCUGCAGCCCUACACCGACGACGAAGUACUCCGUCAAACUCUGGCCAGAGUAGAACUGUGUCUGAUAUGGUCUCAAAUCAAGCUCAAUGACCGUGAACUUGGCGAAUGGUGGUGUUCCAUGUCACACGAGACGCAUGCUACGACAAUACUAUCCGUGUUACAAAACUUGGAUGAAGCUUUGCAUCUCUGGCACCGAAAAUGGGCACGUUCUGAUCGCCACCAAAGUGGUCAAUUUUCCUCGGAUGUGGCAAGGAACAGCUCAAUCGACCUCUCAUACCGGUUCGUGCGUUUCUGCGUUAGUGUAAAUGUCAACAAACUCAUGCACACCUCGUCCUCAAAAGAAUCGGUGGCAGCCAUGGCGGGAGACGUCAUCACUCAGUCCACAGCGAGGGCAUUGAACAUAUGCCAGAUGUUUCUAGAAAUCUCUCCAUUGAACAAGUCAUCCGUCCGAUUUGUGCCCGAGUCAACCUUCUCUAUGAUCGCGUUCGCCUGCGAGUGGAUCAUCCGGGCCAAAGGAUUAUCAAUGGGCAUCGAAUACGUGCGUCCCAACGAUCUGAUGGCCGUCAUUGGCGUGGCCGAAACCAUGGUCGAUGUGAGCAUAGACAGCAAGCACAGUGCUCGCAUGUAUGGGGAAACCAUUCUGAGCAAACUACAACAAUCUACAACCCUCAAGAUGCACUCUAGAGUGACCCAGCCAUGGAGUCCUCAAACACACCCUCACUCUCAACAGCAGAAGCAGAAUCAAACCGGGGGUGCACCUUCUCCCAGCCAUAUGAGCUCGAACGCAUUACUGGAAGCUGCAAAUGCCAUGGAUGAUGUUUGGCCAGUGCAAAAUCCCCAGCUUCAAAGCCGUGCACCACUUCUCGGCCCACCGAUGGUUUUGGCUGCUCCGCCUGGUGACGGUAGCAAUACUAUCACCGAUUAUAAUGCUUCGAACUACUUUCAAUACAACGGUACAUGGUCUGUAUGA